AUGCAACGACCCCCUUUAAGGGUGAAUGUUUGUGAGCCCUCUUUAACAUCUCUAGGGGACUCAGAUUUCUUUCCCCCACCCCCUCCGCCUGUUAUUCCCCAGGCGCAGUCUACUUGGCCUGCGCAGCCUAGUCGGCCCAGGCCUUUGAAGUUAUCUAGUCCUCCUAAUGAUGAAUUCCCUCUUGGGACAGGGGCUAUUUGCCCUCCCAGGCGUAGUGCCUUGCAGCUCUCAUUAGCACAGGCUGCUCAAAGAGGGGAGGAUAUUUCUGGUUUUCAUUUAUUUCCUGUAAUGGAGGACCAAAACCAACAAAGAACUCACCAACCUAUCCAAUUUAAACAAAUAACAGACUUGAAAAAUGCUUGCGCUCAAUAUGGACCUACAGCGGUAAUUUUGGAAACAUUGUCUACUGAUGCUUUAUGCCCUAAUGAUUGGAAACAAUUAGCUAGAGCUUGUCUUAGUGGAGGAGAUUACUUGUUGUGGAAGUCUGAAUUUGUGGAACAAUGUCAGGCCACAGCAGAGGUUAAUAGGGCUAAUAAUAUACCUACUACUUUUGCAGAGCUUGCUGGGGAAGGUGCUUAUAAUGACAUCCAUACCCAGUUAAAUUACCAUGUGGGCGCAUAUGCUCAGAUUAAUGCCGCUGCUAAGCGUGCCUGGAAGAAACUUCCUAACUCUAAUAAGACUGAGGAUCUUUCUAAAAUUAGACAAAGACCAGAUGAACCUUAUCAAGACUUUGUCUCUUGGUUACUAGAGGCAACAGGCCGUCUCAUCCAAGAUGGGGAUGCCAGUAUGGUUCUGUACGAAAAUGCUAAUGCAGCUUGCCAAGCAGUCAUUAGACCAUUUAGAAAAAAAGGAGGAAUAACUGAUUAUAUUUGGCUCUGUGCUGACAUUGGCCCAUCCUAUAUGCAGGGCCUCACACUGGCUGCUGCACUUCAGGGACAAACCAUAACUGAAUUCCUCCGCACUCCCCGGGGAGGCAAAAAUGGAGGACGACGUCCCCGAGUUGCUGGACCUCCUGGCAGCUGUUUUUCUUGCGGCCAAAUGGGCCAUCUAAUGACUCAAUGUCCUAAUCAGAAAAAGGGAGCUAAACUAAGGAGAUGCCCCCGAUGUAAUAAGGGAAGACAUUGGGGCAGAGAUUGUAAAUCUACUUUUGAUAGUGCAGGCCGCCCGAUUCCGGAAAACUGGCAGAGGGGCCAGCCCCUAGCUCCUCAACAAAAAACCGGGGCAGCCCCCUCCUUUUCACAGCUUCAAGCCUACCAGCUGGCAACCAACAGCAACAACAACAAAAGGUUUCCAGUCUCCUCAGAGCAACCCCAGGAAGUGCAGGAUUGGACCUCUGUUCCUCCACCUACACAGUAUUGA